UAGCCUUGACAUUUGCGUCUUCCGAAGGAUUAUGGUCCCAUCCCUUCAUUAACGUUAAAUUCAUCAAUAUUCCAUCCAUAAAAUACAGCGCGAAGGAUCAUUUUAUUUUACACGCCUCUAACGUUGCCAGCAGAACGUACGAGGCAGAGGACUCCCUGACCUACUUUGCACAUCGGAAUAGUGAAUUAUUUCUCAUCAAUUUAUUGGCGGAGUGAUGCCACGCCGCGGGAGUCUCGCGUUCGUCUGUCUCCGCGAUCAACGAUCUGCGAAUACGUGGCUCUCGUGACGGAGGAAUCAAAUCCGCAUUACCUGCCCCGCGGAGGGAAGAAACUUGACGUGCUCUGCAACAAAGGGAAGGAACGCCGUUCAUAUGAGGAGGGCGACCCCGAGCGGACGACAACGAUACUCGCACUCAACUGUCGGAGAGCGCUAUCGCAAGCUCUCCAUGGACAUUUGAAUGGCAAUCGACCCUUUAGUUUUGUCCCCCCCGGGCCAUACAUUGUCCACGCGGACACUUUUUCAACGACUUUCAAAUGGAAGUUGUCCUUCACGGAACGUCCAGUCACUCCGAGGGCCGCAACGAUACGAAACGAUGCGCUUCGGUCGUUUUGCGUUUUGGGCGGCAGGAUGCCAGGGAACCUGUCGCUGCGACUCUCCACCCCCGCCCCUCCUCUGUUCAAGGGCUCCGCCCCGCCGGCGGCGCCGAACGGCACCUCGCCCGAGUGGGAGGCGCCGACCUUCACCGUGGCCGCCCGCUGCCGCGUGGCCGCCACCCUGGCGCUCUUUGUCUUUGCCGCUCUCAGCAACCUGUCGGUGUUGAUCAGCGUGCGCUGGGGCCGAGGUUAUCGGCUGGCGGCGCACCUGCGUCCCCUCAUCGCCAGCUUGGCCUCGGCCGAUUUGCUGAUGACGUUCGUGGUGAUGCCGCUGGACGCCGUUUGGAAUAUGACGGUGCAGUGGUACGCGGGCGACGUCCUGUGCAAGCUGCUGUGCUUCCUCAAGCUCUUCGCCAUGCACUCGGCAGCCUUCAUCCUGAUUGUGGUGAGCCUGGACCGCUACCGUGCCAUCCUUCAUCCUCUGGAUUCUCUGGAUGCCGGCCUGCGGAACAAACGCAUGCUGCUGGUCGCCUGGAUGCUCAGCUUGUUGCUGGCAUCGCCGCAGCUUUUCAUCUUUCGGGCCAUUAAGGCCGAGGGGGCCGACUUCACUCAGUGCGCCAGCCACGGGAGUUUCCGGCACCGCUGGCAGGGGACGGCGUACAACAUGUUUCACUUUGUGACGCUCUAUGUCUUCCCUCUGCUUGUCAUGACCUUCUGCUACGGCCGCAUCCUCGCCAAGAUCACUGGGCAGAUGCGCAAGAGCAAAGAUGGCGAGCGAUGCCUGCGACGCAGCGGCAAAGACCAGAUUCCCAGAGCCCGCAUGAAGACCCUCAAGAUGAGCAUCGUCAUCGUCAGUUCCUUCGUCAUCUGCUGGACCCCGUACUACCUUCUGGGGAUCUGGUACUGGUUCCAACCCACCAUGAUCCGGCACACUCCCGAGUACGUGCACCACAUCCUGUUUGUCUUCAGCAACCUGAAUACAUGCUGCGACCCCGUCAUCUACGGCUUCUACACCACCUCCUUCCGGGCCGACCUGGUCGACGCGAUGGCGUGCUGCCGCGACAGACGCGCCGGCGAGGACUCGCCGCGCUCCGCCGACGGCCUGGCAGCCCGAAACGCGGCGCCGGCCGGGGAGAUGGAGUCGGACCUGAGCUCCAACCCGCACAGCGGGAACCUGUGAGAGACAAGAGGGCGAUUUGGUUUGGCUUUUCUUUUCUUUGCGGUCGCUGGCUCUGGGUUCAAGACCUGCGCUCACAAUUAGUUAUGACA